UUAUUGUAUAAGAUGGGAAUACGACAUGUUCUUUUGCCUGCGAUCUAUCAACUCGAAUCUUUUUCCUGGCGUAUUUAUUUGUAUACUACGAUACGUACUUGGUUGACAAAAAGAAAAUUACGAUACGUAAAUGUAAGUGUGCAUCCAUAUGAAUUAGACUAACCUGGUGAUCUAAGUUUCUAAACGUAUAACUAAAUAUAAUCGAUACUAUUAAAAUCAACGAUGAAUAUCAAUUUUAGAAAGCUAUAAUCUUACUAAUAAUUUAGUUUGGUUAGUGAUUAACUUUUUAUAUAAAAGAAGAGUUUAUUAUCCCAAUCUCGCCUAUUUAUAUAUAGGAAAAUAUAAAACAUGAUAAAUCGUUUUGAACAUAUGGAACCAAUAUAUCUGGACUAAAUAGAACUCUAUAUAUACAUCAACUUUGCUUGUUGUUUAGAGAAACUACAACGUUUCUCAUUUCAGUCUAAUUCAAACUAAUUCCACCCACUUUUUACUAUGAAAUAGCAACUUUGAAUUACCCCCCUAUUUUGGAUUAAAUCUGAAAAGAAAAAAAAAAUCAAAUUAAAACUCAUUCUAAAUAAAAGCUUGUACACAAAAUCCAUAAAUUAAAGUCCAUAGUUUUUUUUUUUGAAAGGGUUAAUUAAAGUCCAUAGUUAUCAAUUCCUUCCAAGUAGUGAGUAGGACACGUUUUAAUUUAUGGAAUUGAUAACUAUGGACUUAUUUUGAAAGGCCAAUGCAUCAAGAAGAUAAACGGUUAAUGCUUUAUCCUCUGUUUUUUUCUGAACGGCCAAUGCAUUAAUAAGAAAAGGUCAAAGAUGGUUACACGAUGAAAUCACAGCUACGCAGGGCUCACUUUGCCAAUGCAUCAGUUGCUCUGUUCUCAUAUGUACCCACCGCUUUAUCCUAGAUUUCAUAUUAUCAUAUGAAAAUUUAAUUAUUUCUCUACAUUAUCAUUUGCAUUUAUAUCGUGGACUAAAGCUCAUGCUAAAGGCAAAAAUCCUAAUUAAUCUGAACCCAUGCUAAAGUAUAUGGUAAAAGUUUUACCAAAAAAAAAGUAUAUGGUAAAAGCUAUGAUUUUCUAUGUACGCAUUUGGCUGAAAAAUCUGAAUUGUCUACUAUUUCGUAGAUCUUGGCACGUAGCUAUUAGACACCAGACGGUCCAAACCUACUAAAGUUUAGAAUAUUAUCAUGAAAUAUAUCUAAGAAGAUGAUCUGUGUACACACAUUUCAAUAGUCACUUGGCUUCUUUACAAAGCAAACAUACGUAUCUUACUAAGUUACAAAAAAAAACCCAAAAAACUAACAUAAAAAGGAUGGGACAUAUGCAAAUGCACAGUUCACAGUUCACAGAUGUCUAAACAUCUUCUCUUUUUUUUGGGUCAACGCAUCUAACAUCUUCUUAUCUCUCAGAAUCUCAACCCAAGCAUAGUAAUUCACUACUCCCUCACUCUAAGUGUAAGCUCUUCCACCACAAAGUUUUAAGAAUCUCAAAAAGACCGUAAUUAACUACUCCCUCUCUGGAUCCCUCUCUCUAAGUGUAAGCUCUUCCUUCACAAAGUUUAAGGUUGUAAAAAUGAGUUUGUGGUAUAUCGUUGUUGCUCUCGUUUUCUUUGCAUUCAUACUCAUUCCAAAGAACACGAGGAAGACAAAGAAGAAUCUACCUCCCGGACCACCAAGACUUCCCAUAAUUGGCAACUUGCACCAAUUGGGAUCGCAUCCUCAUCGUUCCUUGUUCAAACUAUCCCAAAAGUACGGCCCUCUAAUGUCCCUCAAGUUUGGAAGUGUGUAUACUGUUGUGGCAUCAACACCAGAUACAGUUAAGGACCUCUUGAAAACAUUCGAUGUAGAUUGUUGCUCACGACCUUAUUUGACGUAUCCUGCAAGAAUCACAUACAACCUAAAGGAUCUCAGCUUUUCUCCUUACGAUAAAUACUGGAGGGAAGUACGAAAGAUGACAGUUGUUGAACUAUACACAGCAAAAAGGGUGCAAGCUUUUCGACACGUAAGGGAAGAAGAAGUUUCAUCCUUUGUGGAUUUCAUCAAGCAGUCUGCUUCACUGGAGAAUCCAGUUAACUUCAACAAGAAGUUACUGGAACUGUCUGGAAGUGUGAUAUGCAAAGUUGGUUUUGGGAUCAAGCUUAAAGGGAGUAAACUUGAGAAAACCUAUGACCAAGUCAUUGUAGAAGCAUUUCAGGUGUUGGGGAGUUUUGCAGCAGCAGAUUACUUCCCGUUUUUUGGUAAAAUCAUCGAUAGGAUCACCGGGUUACAUAGCAAAUGUGAGAGAGUUUUUAAGACAUUAGAUUCAUUUUUCGAACAAGCUAUAAAGCAUCACCUUGAUGAUGAGAGUAUUAAGGAUGAUAUCGUUGACUUGCUCCUCAAGAUGGAAAAGGGAGAGGUUGGACUUGGAGAGUAUCAACUUACUCGACACCACACCAAAGGAAUUCUUCUGAAUAUACUUAUUGCUGGAAUAGACACUUCUGCCCAAACUGUGACAUGGGUAAUGACACAUUUGAUUACAAACCCAAGAGUUAUGAAGAAAGUGCAAGCAGAAGUGAGAGAAGUGAUCCAAAGCAAAGAUCACAUCUCAGAAGAUGAUAUAAAACAACUCGAAUAUCUCAAACUGGUCAUCAAAGAAACAUUUAGGAUAACACCCCUAGUGCCAAUUCUAAUUCCAAGAGAGGCUUCAAAAGAUUUAAAAAUCGGAGGUUAUGACAUUCCAAAGAAAACAUGGAUCCGUGCCAACAUAUGGGCUGUUCACAUGAAUCCGAGCGUAUGGAAAGAUCCAGAAGCAUUCAUCCCCGAGAGGUUCAUGGAUAAUGAGAUUGACUAUAGAGGUCUAAACUUUGAGUUGUUGCCGUUUAGUAGCGGAAGGAGAAUGUGCCCUGGUAUGGAUAUGGGUUUGGCUUUGGUGCACUUGACCCUGAUCAAUCUUCUUUACCGUUUCGAUUGGAAGCUUCCAGAUGGAAUGAAAGCUGAAGAUGUUGACCUUGGAGAAUCAUAUGGACUUGUCUGUCCUAAGAAAGUUCCACUUGAGCUUAUCCCGGUCCUUACCCAGUGGAGUUGAUCACUUCACUUUGCUUUAUAAACAAGGUAACGUUCCGCGUUGUGUUGUUACUUGUGAGCCAAGAUAAUAAACCCUUAAAUAAAUGUAUUUUUUUGUUUAUAUGGGGGGAAGUUUCAUUUUAUAAUUUUGUAUGAGUUUUUUUUUGUUUAAACCAUUUCUUGAAGAUGUGUAAGCUUUAUGAAGUAAUGUGAAGAUCUUAUACCAUUA